AUUCAAUCAACAUGCUAAAUAAUUGCUAGUUAUUCUUCUACAAGUCUACAUCAUGUCGAAUGAGAAUGAUACUCAGCUGAGGGACGCCGUGACGGAGGAGUUUACCGCGGCUGGCUAUAGCCCCGACCACAUAGAAUUCAUUCACGCCCGUCAAGAAGAACUGAAACGCGGGCCCGAGGAGACGCAUACGUGGAUUCGAGUCCAUCGAAAGGACCUGCUGCAAGAUACAUUGGUAGCAUAUGGGCUCCCGUGGGACUGGGACGAGGAGGACGGGAACUAUCUGAUCAUUAAGGAAUGGAUUGGCGAGGAUUUUCGUGAAAAGCUGUUCGACCAUACCAAGCGCCUACGGGACAGGAAACUCGUGGAAAUCCGAAACACGAUGAAGGAUGUGAAGGAGUAUGACCGAAUGAUGGACAACGUUUAUUACAAGAGGGACCGAGAACCAAGGGGGGGAAGACGCCGGUUGUAUGUAAGAUAGUCUUCCUAUAAUCCCUUAUAUUCUACAUUGAUGUGCCGUCCUCGUAUAAAAUCUCUCUUGCCCCACCUCCGCGCGACGUGGCACCAGUUGAAUAUCGCGUAAGCAACCAAGCGCCCUAAGC